GGACAAAAAACUUGAUGACUUGUACAAUAAUGGUUCAGUAAUACUGAAUGAAAAUUAGUUAAGUCUGACAAAGCCAAGACUACUUGAGUGAGCCAAUUGUGAGAUAAAUAAAGAGGCAGAGCCUCACCAGACAACAGGAGUUACUGACAGGUGAAAGAGAAGACAAAGCCUCAAAGCCUGAGAUUAAUAGUCAGAAAAGAUUGACAGUGAGAAAGCAGAGCUUAUCUCACUUAGAGAUGCAGGAUGAAAGUGGGAAUGAAGAAGAGACAUCUGGCACUAAUGUCUCUCAUAAAUCAGCAUCAGCUGAGACUCAGCACUGAGACAGAGAUGGCA